UAAAACAACAAUCUAAGAAAGUUUCUUUAACAAAAAAGCAUCAACAAUCACAUCUACAAACAAAAUCUUCAAUGACAGUGAUGGAAAAGUUGAAAUAUAAUGAAUGCAAACUACUACUUGUAGAGCAGAAAGAAAAAUUAAGAGAGUUGCAAAUAGCUAAUGCUAUUAAAAAGCAAGAAUAUGAUCUUGUAAAAUAA